GAGAAAUUGGCGAAUUCCCAGAGGCCAUCCCAUUGGCUGUCAUGAAGCCCCGCAAUUGACCCGUUGUAGAAAGCGGUCAAAAGACCCCCCCAGUCCAUUCGCGGCAGAACAGUAAAAGAAAAAAAAAUAUUGAUCCAAACCGAGCCAGCGCCAGCGCCAGCGAAAACCAUCCAGCCAUCUCAGAGAAGCAGGUGCCUUGAUUCGUGGCAUCCAGCAAUCCUUCGCUCCCACCGCUUCAUUGACAGCUUCGUCAUAAUUAUCUCCAUCUCAGCCUUUUCAAUGGCGCCACCACAAAACGCCAAGAAGCGGAAAGGACCGCUACCUGAUGCCGAUCCCGUGUCGGACGAUGAACUCGCCCAUGCCACCUUGGAGGGCAUCUUGUCUGGGAGUGAAGAUGAAGAUGACGAGGAUGACUUGGACUUUGAGACGUCAGGGUCUGAGAACAGUGGCGCCGACUUGAAUGACGACAGCGAAGUCGACGACGAGGACGAGGACGAAGAUGACGACGACGACGAAGCCUUCCUAAGCGACGAGAUCCCUUCAGACGACGAAGGACUUGAAUCUUUCGACCGCAAACUUGUCGAAACCAGCAAAACGGACCAUGUCGUAGUUGGCGAAGACGAAGUCGAGGGCGAGGGCGACGAGCCAAACUACAGAGUCGUUCCCGGCGCCAAUGGCGGUGUCCGCUACGAGUACGAAGAGAUCAACCCCGUGUAUGAUUCCGACGACUCCGACGCCCAGGGACCCGAGAACACCAUUGGCGACAUCCCCCUCUCCUUCUACGACUCCUACCCCCAUAUUGGCUACGACAUCAAUGGCAAGAAGAUCAUGCGCCCGGCCACGGGCGAGGCCCUUGAUGCCCUCCUCGAAACCAUCGAGAUUCCCAAGGGCUGGACUGGCCUCACCGAUCCCGCUACCGGCAAGCCGCUCAACCUUACUCAGGACCAGCUCGAGCUUUUGCGUCGUGUCCAGAUGAAUGAGAUUCCUGAAGAGGGCUACGACCCAUACCCUGAAAUGGUCGAAUGGUUCACCUCCGUCGAGGAAAAGAUGCCGCUCAGUGCCGCCCCCGAGCCGAAGCGUCGCUUCAUCCCGUCCAAGUACGAGGCCAAGCGCAUCGCCAAGCUCGUCCGCGCCAUCAAGGAGGGCCGCAUCCUGCCGUACAAGCCUCCCGAGGAGCGCGAGAAGGAGGAGGCCGAGAAGGAAGAGACCUACUACGACAUCUGGGCCAACGAAGAGGCCAAGCCGCCGAACGUCAUGAACAUCGCCGCCCCCAAGCUCCCGCCGCCCGGCUUCGACCUCAGCUACAACCCGCCGCCCGAGUACGUCCCCACCAAGGCCGAGAGGGAAGAAUGGGAGAAGCAGGACCCGGAAGAGAGGGAGAAGGAGUACGUGCCUGCCAAAUACGACUCGCUACGAAAAGUCCCGGCCUACGGCUCCCUGGUCAAGGAGCGCUUCGAGCGUUGCCUGGACCUCUACCUGGCCCCCCGUAUUCGGAAGAACAGGCUCAACAUCGACCCUUCGUCCCUGCUCCCCAAGCUGCCUCGUCCCGAAGAGCUGAGGCCGUUCCCGACGUCCUGCCAGACCGUUUUCCGCGGCCACGAGGGCCGCGUCCGGUCCCUGGCCAUCAGCCCGGACGGCGAAUGGCUCGCCAGCGGCGGCGACGACUGCACGGUCCGCCUCUGGCAUCUCCGCACCGGCCGCCAGGAAUGGAUGGCCAAGCUGAGCCUCGACGAGGCCGUCAACGCCGUCCGGUGGCGUCCGACCAAGGACACCUUCAUCCUCGCCGCCGCCGCCGGGGAAGACAUCUUCCUCACGGUGCCCCCGCGCGGCGCCGACGGCAUCGACAAGAACAGCCGCGACGUCCUCGAUGCCGGCUUCGGCUACGCCACCAACGGAACCCAGCCGUCGUCUGCCGCCGCCGACGCGAAGAAAGAGCCCCCGGCGAAGUGGUCCCGGCCGGGCGCCAAGCUGGAAGACCUCGGCGUGCUGCUCAAAGUGACGGUGCGCGCAGCGGUCAAGGCGAUCAGCUGGCAACGGCGCGGCGACUACCUCUGCACCGUGUCCCCGACGGGCCAGCGCAGCUCGGUGGCGGUCCACACGCUGUCGCGGCACCUCACGCAGAUCCCGUUCAAGCGGUUCCAGGGCCUGGUGCAGACGGCGCAGUGGCACCCGUCGCGCCCGCUGCUGUUCGUGGCCACGCAGCGCAAGAUCCGCUGCUACGACCUGCAGAAGGUCGAGCUGGUCAAGGUGCUGCAGCCGGGCGCGCGCUGGAUCUCGUCCUUCGACGUGCACGCCGGCGGCGACAACAUCAUCGUCGGCUCGUACGACCGCCGCCUGCUGUGGCACGACCUCGACCUCUCCACGCGGCCCUACAAGACCAUGCGCUUCCACCCGGAGGCCAUCCGCGCCGUCAAGUUCCACCGCGGCGGGCUGCCCCUGUUCGCCGACGCGAGCGACGACGGCACGCUGCAGAUCUUCCAUGGCAAGGUGGUUAGCGACCUGAUGGAGAACCCGACCAUCGUGCCGGUCAAGCAGCUUAGAGGCCACAAGGUUGUCAACAAGUUGGGUGUCAUGGAUGUGGACUGGCAUCCUCAGGAACCGUGGUGCGCCAGUGCCGGUGCGGAUGGCACAUGUAUCCUGUGGACAUAGUGAAAGGGGAAAAAAGAAAAGAAAAGAAAAAAAAAAAAGAAUGUGGUCAGGCUACGGCUCUUGUAAAUAUUGUCGUCCCCUGUUUCAGCGCGGCGUUGGGAAUAAAAGAAAUCUAGACACGUCAACCAACUUUUACCCCUAGGUAGUGUUUUGUAUGAUGAAGUGAAGAAAGAGCAGGCAUUAUGCGGUUUUCCCUUGGAGCCGUAGCAGCACAAUCUGACCCUGACGAUCCGCUUCCACCACCCCUUAGAACCUCCUCCCCGCGCCAGCAAACCUGGCAAACAACUCCAAGUCAAACCCAUCCGCCAUAGCCUGAUACCCCCUAGGGCUCAAGUGCAAGUGAUCCCCCUCGUUGUAAGGCGGUGCCAACGUCUCCGGGUUCUCCGGAUCCCUCACCAUAGCAUCAAAAUCCACCACGGCAUCGAACACCGUCCCCUCGGCGGCG